AAAUGGGGUAUUUCCAUAAAAAUAAACACCUUAUUGAUUUAGGCCAUUCUGAUAAUUUAAAGAAAGCUGAAAAACAUAUUAAAAGUAAAACAUUCAAAGGGAAUGUAUGCUCAGAAAAUAGGUGUUCUUCAAAAGAUCCUUUGAUCAGCAGUAGACAUACGAUACAAAAAUCUAUUAUGCAAGAAGACAUACAUCUGGUAUCAUCAACUAAUUCCAAAGAUAGGUUGCAUGAAAAAAACAAAGAACGAAUAAACUCAGCAAAAUGCUACAAAAUAAAAGGAGACAUAAAAACAAAGAAAAAUGAAGUGACAUAUGCCAAGAAAGGAACAGCAAAAGAUAAAGAUGAAAAAUAUUGUAAGAUUAUACCAGAAAAAGAUAAUUCAUACAUGGACAAAGAUGAACAUGGUUCAUCCUCUGAAAGUGAAGAUGAAGCACUGGGUAAAUAUCAUGAGGCCUUAUCUAGAACACACAAUUCCAAACUACCAUUGGCAGAUUCUAGACAAAAGAGCUAUACUUGGGAAACAAGACAAAAGUACAGUCCUCUGUCUGCAGAGUAUGAUGGAUACAGUAGUGAAGCAUCAAUAGAUGAAGGAAACUGCAUUCAGAGAAUGAGAAGAACACCCCCACUGGAUGAAUUACAGCCACCACCAUAUCAGGAUGACAGUGGUUCUCCCCAUCUCUCAUGUACACCCUCAGAAAUUGGGGACAGUAAAUGUGAAUUUUCCCACUGCAGCAACAGUCCAAGAUGCUCAUAUAACAAGUGCCCAAGUGAAGGAAGCACAGGUCAUGAAAUAGAAAGUUUUCGUAAUAAAGGAUAUGAAGAUGAUGUUCCAAGUGACAGCACUGCAGUCCUGAGCCCUGAAGAUAUGUCAGCUCAAGGAUCAUCUUCACAACUUCCUAAACGUUUUGAUCCUGAUCCAGAAGCUAAAUAUGGCACACUGGAUGUGACUUUUGACUAUGACUCACAAGAACAGAAGCUUCUGGUAACAGUGACAGCUGUCACAGAUAUCCCAACAUAUAACAGGACAGGUGGUAACUCAUGGCAAGUACACCUUGUUCUUCUGCCUAUAAAGAAACAGAGAGCAAAAACCAGUAUCCAGAGAGGACCAUGCCCUGUCUUCACAGAAACAUUCAAAUUUAAUCAUGUUGAAUCUGAGAUGAUUGGAAAUUAUGCAGUUCGGUUCAGACUGUAUGGUGUACAUCGCAUGAAAAAAGAAAAAAUUGUGGGGGAAAAGAUUUUUUAUUUAACAAAAUUGAAUCUUCAAGGGAAAAUGUCAUUACCUGUGAUAUUGGAACCUUCUUACAAUCAUUCUGACUGUGACUCCCAAAUGAGCAUGUCAGAAAUGUCCUGUAGUGAAAGUACAUCCUCAUGCCAGUCUCUUGAACAUGGCUCAGUUCCAGAAAUUCUCAUUGGCCUGCUUUAUAAUGCCACAACUGGAAGACUAUCAGCAGAAGUGAUAAAAGGCAGCCACUUCAAAAACUUGGCAGCAAACAGACCACCCAAUGGACUGUUCUGUUGUCUAAAACACUUGAUAGGUGGACAGGUUUAUAUAAUCCGAGAUACGUAUGUUAAGUUAACUCUGCUGAAUUCCAUGGGUCAAGAGAUGUCCAAAUGCAAGACAUCCAUCCGCAGAGGGCAGCCAAAUCCAGUAUACAAAGAAACCUUUGUUUUUCAAGUGGCCCUAUUUCAACUUUCUGAUGUGACACUCAUACUAUCUGUGUAUAACAAACGCAGCAUGAAAAGAAAAGAAAUGAUAGGUUGGAUUUCUUUAGGUCUGAACAGCUCUGGAGAAGAGGAACUCAAUCACUGGACUGAAAUGAAAGAGUCAAAAGGACAGCAAGUAUGUAGAUGGCAUGCACUGUUAGAAUCAUGAUGAGUUGGAUAAAUGAGCAGUUACAAUCCGAGGGAGCAUUAUUUCUAAUUACAACAUUACUGUUUUUACCUGUGACCAUUAGAAGAACUGUUCUCUGAAGAAUCAUAUUCAACAUUCAAUCAAAUACAUUAAAUUCAGUGGAAAGAGCAUCUAAUGCUAACAUAAAUGAAGAAAAGAUGUAUCUCUGUAGAGCUUGUUUGGGAAAAUGAGUAACUUCUAUCAUCAUUAAACUAACAGUCCUCCAGAGAGUUAAUAACAUGCUUUUGGUUUGAACGUAAUUUUACUGUAGCAGAAAAGCCAGUACAUUCAUUAAAAAUCAAAAUUAUAAGUGAAUUUUUAAAAAUCAGAAUUUUAGUUGCAACACUACUUUAGUACCACCCUACAUAUUAGCCGUAAAACAUGCCUUGACUGACCAACUCUCUGGUGUUCUUAAUGUUCUUUAACAUGGAAAAGUAAUUCUCCAGUUUUGUCAUAAGUCAUAUCUAAUGGUGAAGGGUUUCAAUCACAUCGAAACUUGUUUUAUUUCAAAUAUUUUCCCUCUAUGCACUUAGUUUUAUUGUGCCUCAGUUCUUCUUACUAGCUCUAAAUCUAAGUGCAAGAAUGCAUUCAUUUUCAUAAAAGAAUUUUUUACAUGUUAUUAAAAAUAAAGCUCAUGUCUUCAUUGCCUCUGCUUUUGCCUGAUCCAAAGAGACCAAGUUACUGUACUGGUCCCUUGCAAGUCUUUUAGACAGGUUGUACUGUAGAACUAUGUAACUUUCUGUUGAAAGCACUUCCUGUAUUCUUGUAUUCCAAUGUAGGAACCUAAUAGAGCAGGAUUUACUUUAAAAUUUCUUUGAAUGAUUGACUCUUUAAAAUUGUAGUAACGUGAAAAUACAUUUUUUACACACUGAAAAAUACAGUAGAUAAGCUGUUGAAAAUCAAAAACUCAAGUUAAAGAAAAAUGUAAUCUGCUUUGAGUAUUUAGUAACCAAAACUGCAUAAAACAGGUAGCGUUGAAAACAAGAAACUUCUCUCUCUCUAAACCAUCUUCACUCUUACUUCAAACAAUUGAUAUUUGUGAUACAAAGACUGUCUAGUACUCAGUCUGAAUCAGAACAUCAUGUUAAAAACAGUUCUGAAAUUCCUUCUGAAGUUUCUGGUAACUUGUGACUAGAUUUUAUGAAAUUUACAGAUACGUUUUUCAACAUGAUGUCAUCCUGUGCCUUUCAUGUAAGUUAAAUUUGUUCAAACAGCUUGAAAGUUGUAUUUGCAAAAUUAGGCCUUUGAUUUUUAUAAAUGUAAAGAUUCCUCAGAACAGUGUCAUAAGAUCCUUAUUUCCUCUGAAGUAUGUAAAAGGCAGAUAAAUUACUAAUUUUUUUAAUGUCAAGGCACAUCCAUUUGUUUUUAUAUUUAGGAAUUCUGAUUAAUCAGGAAUAUUAUAAGUUAUUUGCUUUUUAAUUUUGCUUCAUACCCAAUAUAAAUUUUAUGCAUAUCUUUAUUAAAUACAUGCAUAUGUUUUCUAUAUUUGAAAAACACUUUUUUUCUCUUUCUUAUUUCUAAUUAACUAGACAAAAGCAUACUAUUUACCAAUUACUAAAAAGUAGUAUAUCAUUGUUCCUAGUCCCAACUCAGUACUAUAUAUUAUUCUAACUUAUUACCAUAAUAACAAAACCAUGCAUAGAUAUUAUUACUUUAACUUGGUCAUACUGAAGGGCCUUAAAAGAAAUCCGAAAAGACAAGGAACUCCUAAUAUUUUUUUAAAUUAAAAAAUGGCAGCUCUACACAUUCAUACUCAUGAACUGUAAGAAAAAAAAAAUGUUAUUUUGGGCUUUAUCAAGUUGCAUUAAGGGAGAAAAUCCAUUCUUUUGUUAUCAUAUCAAUGAACUUUUUCCAUGGUUUUUAUAAAUGAGUCAGGCUGUAGAGUUAGAGCAUGAAUCAAAAGACAAUGUCUUAUUUAAGCAUUUUCAGCAACCAUAUGGAAAAAAAUUUGAAGAAGGUAUGUAGAUUUUACUGAGAAAUUGGGUUUAGGUAUAUAAUGCUUCAAGUAUCUGUCUGCUUUGAAAUAACUGACUGCAUUGCUAACAACUGGUAUCCACCUAAUAAAAAGAGUUAUCAGUCUUAUUUGUAGCUGUAACGGAACCUAAUCAAACACGUUAAUAACACCAGCUUGGUGCUUUCACCUUUAGAGGAGGAAAAUAUAUAACUUGUUGUUAUUUGGUAAAUCUAACCUUUCUUCAGACCUUUCCCAAAUGUGUGUGUGCUUUGAUAUAAUCCUUAGGUUUUUAUCUAAAUAUCAAAUCCAAUAUGUCCUAAAACUCAACAUUUUUUAAAAAUCAAGGAAUCUACCUCCACCCCAGCUGCCAAGUCCUCAACAAUUAUGAACUAUCUAAUAUGUGUGUUUAACCUACACACACACACACACACAAUAUAUUUUUAAAGACUUUUUUUUAAAGGUGAAGAUGCCCUGACUUUUUCAGAUAACCAAAUAGAGAAAUAUCUCUGAAGUUUCAAGUUUAUGGAUUAUUUUUCUCUUCUGUUUAUUUGCUAGAAAUUAUAUUUGGUUUUGGGUGCUAUUUGCUGCCAUUUUCCUCCACAGACAGCAAAAUGUACAUCUUUUUAUCUUGUAGAUUGACACAACUUAGAGUAAUUACUCCCCCCAAAAUUGUCUAUUCUUUUAGAAAAGAUUAAAUAGGGCUCAAGAGACCCACUUCACUCCAUUGAAUCUAAUGUACAAGACAGUACUGCUGCUUUCUUGUGUGCUUGAAUUUGCAUGAAAGCUUGAAGGCAAAAAUCUUACAUCUCAGUAAUUAUGGCAAAUAGGGGGCCACUGGUAGGCAGCAGGUGUUGCCUCAGAAACUUAAAAAAGACAACCCACUUUCUCACUGUUCUGUUAAAAUCCUCUAAGUUUUAUAAUAAAAUGAGGUAGUCCAAACUUGGCAAUUGACUGGCAUUCAUGUGCGCUCCUGAGCCUGGAUCGCAGUCUUUAUUUGUCUCCCAAAUGGGCUGCAGAAUGUAGCUGUUUAUUACUGCCCAGGAAACAAAGUGUAUUUCAAAUCAGUAAAAAAAUUUGUUUAGUAUGACAUUCCUCUUAACUUUCAGAAGCUUUGUUACAUAAUCUUGUGUCUUCAGUACUAACCAGAUUUUGCAUGAAAUUCAUUUGCAUAUUAUCUUACUGUGCAUUCAGUGAACUCUCAAUGUUAUAUUUCAUAACAAAAAUAAUUUUAAAAAUUUAUAAAAAGAAAAUAUCUAAACUACUUUGAUUAAUAUAUACAUGUUUCAAUGUAGGCCCAGCUAGGACAUCCAGCCUAGUGCAGAUGCUCAGGCUAAUAUUUUAAAUCAAUUUCUUGAUAACAUUAUCAUUUUCAUUUGACUAAUCAGUUGAAUCAGAAGCAUAGUCAAUGUCUGCAAAGUAAGAUAGCACCAACAAGGGAAGUGGUUGUGGAACUGAGGAUGUUCUUCAGAAUGAACAUGGGUGAGGGGACCAAAUGCUAUUGUCUUUCAAGUGGACUCAGAUGUAGGCUAUUCGACGGUGUACAUUUUGGAUGGAAUAAGAACAGUAGUCACCAACAGAUAUUUUUCAAGAUCUAUAUCCAUAUAUUCAUAGAAAGGACACAAAUUCAUUUGUCUAAAUCACCAUUUGCCUACAUAGAUUAGAUAGUCAACCACAGAGAAUUUUCACAUUGGUAGUUACUAUUCUGCCAGAAGUUUUCAUUUUUAAUUUUUUUCAUUCACCAUCCCAAGUACACCUGUGGCCUACACUGGAGGUAGCCAUCAGUACCGUCAUCACCAAGCACACUAUGGAGCACAAGGUUAAGCACUUCUUAAAAUUAAUUUUAAACCUCAUCUUUGCCCACCAAAAUUUAUAAUGAUGCUGUCUAUCAUUUAUUGAGAUCAGUGCAUUAUAUUGCUUAAUUCUCACAACACUAUGAGAUAAUAUUAUCAACAUUUUACAGAUGAAAAAAACUGUAAUAUGGAAAGAUUAAGCAGACUUGUCCAAGGUUUUCACUAAGUAGUAGAAAUGGGAUUAGAACACAGGUGUAAGUUACUCUAAAACCCAUGCUUAUUAUCACUAUGAUAUUGCAAUUGUGUCUAUCCCAUUGUAUCUAUCCCAUUUACAAGUUGCCAGAAAAACUGGAGAGCCUUAUGUUCAUUGAUAAUCCCACCCACCUUAAAGAAUAUUGAAUUGCAGAGCUAGGAAAAGGGAAACACAGAGAGAGAGAGAGAGCACUCUAGAAAGAUAAAUAAAAGGCAAAAAAGAACAAACAAAAAAAUCAGUUUUUUUCCCUUUUGGGACACAAACAGUAUCUUGUGUCAUACUUUGUAGAUGAUUUUGAUUUUCAAAGACUUGGGGAUUAAUUUACUCUGUGACUUUAGACUUUACUUACAUUCUGAAAGUAUGUUAAUCAACGUGAUUUGUUCCUUGACCACUCUUUGGAGUACAAGGUAUUUUAAUUGUUUAUGAUCACCUUUCUACCCUGUGAAGUGGAUAGCCUUUGUCUGGUAGCCCAUGUCUUACCUAGACCAGUGGUGAGAAGAGACUCUUGUGUCCUGUCUGCUUCCAUUGCAAUUUUUUUUUUUCUUUUUUUAAAUUCAUUUUAUUGAGAUAUAUUCACGUACCAUGCAGUCAUACAAA